ACUUGUAAAAAAAAAAAAAAAAUGAAUAAAAUCUUGAACCUUGUCUUCAUUCUCAUCUCUUUAUUCGCACUUGUGCAGCACACAGAGUCGCUUCCACUAGACCUUGGUAGAACCACUAAACAUAUUCUCGCUAUUCUUGGUAUUGCAACUUUUUAUGACGUUGAAGCUGGACUUGGAUCGUGCGGUAUUCAAAGCAGUGCAAGUGAAUUUGUUGUAGCUGUCAAUCAUGAGCAAAUGGGAAACGAGGUGAACCCAAAUAAUAACCCUCGCUGUAAGCAACAAGUCAAAAUUGAUGGUCCUAAAGGUAAAUCCAUCAUGGCUGAUAUUGUUGAUACCUGUCCUGGAUGUAACUAUGGAUGCUUGGAUAUGUCAACUUCCUUAUUUCAAGAAGUUUGUGGUGGUUUAGAAUUAGGAAUCUGCAAGAUCAAGUGGACAUUUGUUUAAACUAUUCUUUAUACUAUUCAACAAUUAAAACAACAACAAAAAAAUGCUGGUUCAAGAUAUAUACAAAAAAAAAAAAAAAAAAAAAAAAAAAAAACUGUAAAAUUAGAUUGUCUCCAAAAAAAAAACCAAAAAAUAUCGACAACUCUUGUUUAACAGCUUUGUCUCUCUCUCUCUUUCCGUUCCGCCUUAUAAAUAGUUUUAACACAACACUGCCUUUUUUUUUUCUUCUUCUUCUAUAUAUUAUCAUUGUCACCCAUAUUUCUCUUUCUCUCUCUCUUCACCAACUCCAU